UUUGAAAAUCUUUAGUUGAACACACACUAUACAAUACUUUUAGCGUUAUAAACAGCUAAUAAACAGAAACCAGCGAUAUGUUUGUUGCAUGUUCUCAUAUUGGUCUGCAGUGGGUUGCUCUUUUACUGGCUUUGAUCAUGAGUUUCACAGUUCUAACAACAUAUCUCAUUUCCAUCCAUAGAGGACAUGUAAAUGCAGAAUUGCCAUUUAUCAGCUCUACAGGUGCCUAUCCACCAGAAAGUUGUAUAUUUGGUGAGGGAUUAAACUUAGCUGCUUUUAUCAGUUUGAUAUGCUCUUUUUUCUGGUAUUUAAUUGCAUUGGAAAGAACGAGAUUUAUGGGCAUACAUCAACCAAAAUGUGUUCUUAAAUUUAUGCUUUUAUUGUCUCUAGUUGCUUCAAUCGGUUUAACAUUGGUUGGAAAUUUUCAACAAGUUAACGUCGAAUUAAUACAUGAUAUUGGUGCUGGGAUGGCUUUUUUUGGCACCACGAUUUAUAUAGUUUUGUGUGCUUUAGUUAGCAAGCGAUACCUUGGAACACAUUGGUGUAUAUGGGCUUUUAGACUUCUCUUAGGAAUUAUGGCAGGAAUAACAUCAAGCUUUUUUUCAAUAUGUCAUACAAUUUCCAGGAUAAAUUUCAAUGGUACACAAGAAGAAUCUUUGACUUAUCGGCAUCCUGGUCAAGGUGGAUUUUCAUUUUAUCUAUGCAGUACAAGUUUUGAGUGGGCUGCAGGAUUUAUCAUCAUGGUGUUUUUUAUCACAUGGGCUUACGAAUUCAAAUCAUAUGCUUUACAAUUACCACAGAUUGUUAAAAAAUACCCAUCUGAAUCUGAUAUUUACAGCCUCAAAAGUUGAAGACAGCUGCUGGUCACUUUAGAAGCUUUCUCCCUCAACUUCAAAUAAUUGAGAUUUUUAACCCUUACGUAAUCACUAUCUAAAUUCAUAAUUACUUUAAUAUAAUAUUAGUGACUUCACGAAUAAAAUCACAUUUUACGUCAUUAUUAGGAAAAUAAUUGAUUUUAGUUAGUGUACCUGGUUUUGCGUUCUCUGAGUAAUGAUUUUUUGAUUUUUACCGAAUAAUUUAUUCACCGUAACGUUAUGACUACAACCGACAACUCAAAUGAUCUUUGAGUAAAUUUAAAUGCACAUUAAGGAUGGAUUGUUGAAUCUAAAAUUCGAUUUUUAUCAUUCGACACUUAGUGUCCACAUAUUUGAAAAGUUAGAUUAUUAUUUAAUUUUAGAUGAAUAUUGUCUCAUCUUUGUAUUACACAACAAAAGUUUGGCACGGUAACUUAUGCCAACGUACAUAUACGCUAGGAUCUAUGUUCUUUAUGAUCUACUGGCAAUUAAAAUUAAUGUUUCCCUA